AUUCUUUAUAUAUAUAUUCAUUCAUUAUUCAUUAAACCUAUAUAUUUUCUUCUACUAAAUUUCAUCGCAAAACCACCUUCUUGUUCUCCAAAAUCUUAGGAACAAUCCAAAGCUUGUGAUUUUCACAAAGAUUUAAAUAUCAAACAACACUUUAUUUCAUGGCCAUGGAAGCUAUAAAUUUCAAAUAUGAAGAGGAAUUUAUUGUUAAUGCAAAAGGAUUGGAGCUCUUUACAUGUCGGUGGCUCCCUGUUGAUUCCGAACCUAAAGCUUUGAUAUUUCUUAACCAUGGAUAUGGCAUGGAAUGUAGUGUCUCCAUGAAAGGAGCUGCAUCAAGGCUAGUGAAGGCAGGAUUUGCGGUUUAUGGAAUUGAUAAUCAAGGACAUGGGAAAUCUUCUGGGCUUAAGGGCUAUAUUCCCUCUUUUGAUGAUUGUGUGACUGAUUGCUCAGACUUUUUCACAAGUAUUUGUGAGAAAAGAGAGAACAAAAAGAAGAUAAGGAUAUUGUUGGGAGAGUCCAUGGGUGGAGCAAUGGUUCUCUUGUUGCACAGGAAAAAGCCAGAGUAUUGGGAUGGAGGGGUCUUGGUGGCACCCAUGUGUAAGAUUGCGGAUGAUAUCAAGCCACCUCAAAUUGUGAUUAAUGUAUUGACAAAACUUACAAAAUUUAUUCCAACAUGGAAGAUUGUCCCGGGUCAAGAUAUUGUUGAUAUUGCAUUUAGAGACCCUGAAGUGAGAAAAGAGGUUCGUAAUAACCCGUUAUGUUAUAAAGGCCGAGUGCGUCUACAAACUGCGAAUCAACUACUAAAUGUUAGUUUAGACCUUGAAAAGAGGCUCCAAGAGGUUACAUUUCCAUUUCUUGUCUGCCAUGGAGAAGCGGAUAAGGUGACUGAUCCCACCGUGAGCAAGCUCUUAUACGAUAAUGCAACAAGCUUUGAUAAGACGAUCAAGUUGUAUCCAGAAAUGUGGCACUCUCUCACGUACGGAGAGUUCCCUCAGAACAUAGAUAUUGUGUUUGGCGACAUCAUUAGUUGGAUUGAUGGGAGAAUUGCUAACGCAAACUCAAGAUUGGAGAGGGAACAAAAGAAUGCAAAUGACGACUUGAAGCAAACUUAAGUUGCUGGAUUAACCACGAACACGACAUACUUUAGAGCUAUUAUUCUCAAUACAUACACUGAGAUAUAUUGUUGUAAACAACAGAUUGUUGAAUAUUUAUAGUAAAGAUUGCAAUUGUCUCUUGUGUAACACUAGGAACAUGAUAACACAACUUCUAUUUCAA